AUGCAGAACACCAUCAGCGCCGGCGGGAGCGGGAACAGCUUGCAGGAGGUCAGGAAGGCCACCCUCCGGGCGGCGGACUUCGGAUUCAUGAGCGGGUUGCACAUGCAGAAGAACGGAAUGGUGUCGCGGAGGAUGGCGGCCCUCGGCGGCAGCAGCACGAGCAGGAUCAUCAUGGGCUGGUGCGUCAUCUGCCUCUUCGCGUCGGUGAGGCCGAACUUCAGGACCAUGGGCAACGUCAGGAGGACGCCCGCGAAUCAGCUGCAAGAAGUUCGCGACCAGCGGCAGCUCGUUGCCCCUGCAAGUGCCCAGCGGAGUAAUCACCCGCGAGGCGGCUGGAGGCGCAGCAACGUGUGGAAGGAGAACGUGUAG